GUUUGAAAACCAACUUUAUCAAAUGUAGUUAAACCCAAAGAAGAACUACGCCGGCCGGGACGGAAUACUCAUCGUUGUAGCAUUCAGUCGGAAGCCUCCCUCUCCUGCCCGGACAAGAAAAGAAAGGAAGAAAAGCCAUAAGAAGGGGGGAAAUUUUCCGAUAUGAAAAGCCCGUCGAGUUUCUUCCUUGUGCGCGCUUCAACAGAAAAUUAGGAUUCGACGAGAGAGCCAGAGAACGAAACCCUUCUCUCGACAAUGACCACCACCGUCGUGAAAGAGAGGCAGGGCAGCCACUACCUAAUCCUCCACUCCAUCACCCUGAAAAAACCCACCGCCGACGAUCCUCCUAACUCCUUCCUCCCCUUGGCCCGCCGCUACAACGUCUCCGCCCUUCCCCCCAACAACAACAACAACAACCCCCACGAAAUCCGCUGCCAAUCGUGCGGCGCCCUCGCGGAUUUCAACACAAAUCCCGCACCGCAGCCGAACACGCUGGCCGGAUACCUAGACCAGCUGUCCGAUUCGGAGAAGCACAGGGCGCGGAUGCGGGCGGUGCGCUGGACGGCGUGGUUCGAGAGCUGACCAGAUUUCCCGAGGAGGAGUUCCUCGAUUCGAAUCGGAUGACUCUGGUGGACCAGUGCCUCCGCUGUUGGAAAUAAAUUAAUUAUUUCCUUAUUAAUCAAAACUAUUUGUGGGCUUUUUAUGGUGGGGAGCUCGUUUAUGAGCAACGGGAGGCUUUGGAUAUAUAUAUUUGAAACUUGGAGAAUGAGAUUGGCAGAGGGAAUUUUAGAGAUAACGGGGACUUGGAAGCUUUUAUUGCUUAUUGCUUCUUCUUUCUUUGUUUUUGGCUCUGCAUCUCUUCCUACAACAUCCAAGCCUAUUUAUAGGCCUUAGUUACAUAAAAAUCUGCAGCUCAAUAAAUAGAGCAGUUGGAA